AUGGGAUUGCAACAGAAUUUCCAAUUACACUGGUCAAUUCCAAUUCCGGACAGCUUGGCGAUGGACCCGCUGGCGCCCACAGCGCUUGCGGUCUCCUCCGAUUUCAUGGAUCGUAUCGGUAGUGGAUUGACCUUACUAAGAGAUCACGGAAAGAAAGUUCAAAAGUACCUGUGGAAAAGCAGAAAAUUUGAUGUACUGAAGAAAUCAUGGAAAUCACAAGUAAAUAUUGUACUUGUGGAUGCCAAAGAUUUGCCAGGGGAUGACAUCUUAACAAACACAAAUGCUCUGUACUGCAAAUUUAGGUUAGGUAAUGAAUCUUAUAAGUCAAAGCAGGUAUCAAGGUCGAAACCAAUGUGGAGGGAAAGAUUCAAUCUGUAUAUGUAUGAGGACAGCAAUUUGGAAGUCAAAGUGUGGCAUAAAGUGAAACAAAAGACAUUCGUGGGCAGAUGUGUCAUCGAUCUCGCCCAGCUUGAGAGGGAGAGAACUCACGAGCUUUGGCAAGAGUUGGAGUACGGCCACGGGUCUCUUCAUUUAUUAGUAACGCUGAGCGGUUCAGAAAGCAGCGCAACUGUGGACAGCGUGCCUACAACCAACAGUGUACAGCACAUCGCUACAGCGGACGAUAAAUAUACAUGGUAUCGUCUGGAAAACAACUGGAACGAAGUCGGUCAGCUAUCAGUCACCGUGCACGGCGCCAGAGGUCUAAGUUCCCUUGGUCUAAAUGGGAACAUAGACGCAUACUGUGUCCUAGAGGUGGACAACGCAAGAGUCCAGACCCACGCGGUGCACAACACCUGCGAGCCGAACUGGAACAAAAACUUCAUAUUCAACAUUAAUGACGUGACAUCCACGUUGGACAUAACAAUUUACGACGAAUCCAUAAUCCAAUCGAUGAAAGGGGAAACACUGGGGAAGAUAUCAAUACCUCUGUUAAGAAUAAACAACAACGAAAAGAAAUGGUAUGCUCUGAAAGAUCGAUCAAAGAAGAACAGCGCAAAAGGGAAUUGUCCUAGGAUUUUAUUGGAGAUGUCUCUGGAAUGGAAUCCGAUAAAAGCCUCACUACGUGUACUGAGUCCGAAAGAGACCAAAUAUGUUCAGAAGCCACCAAAGUUUAGCAUACCUCUAAUCUAUAGCAAUUUGAAAUUCAUUAAAGUCGUAUUCGACUAUAUAUAUUUAGGCAACGAAUAUUUUAAGAAUACAUUUGAGUGGGAGAAUCGGGAACAAUCGGCCCUGGCAUUGGGUGCAUGGCUGAUAUUCUGGUACUUCUUUCGAAUGUGGAUGACUCCGCUUCUUUUAGUGGUGCCGUUCAUUCCUUACUGGGCGAUGUAUCGAGGAAACAAUUGUUCUCCGUUACUGCCGGCCUUCACUGAAGAAGAAGCAUCAGAAGAAGAAAUAGAACUACAAAAGGAUGAUAAAACAAUUAUGACACGGUUGAACCAGCUGCAAGAUCUUACCUUCACGAUAAAAAAUGGCAUUGACUACAUAGUUUCGGUGCUCGAAAGAAUUAAAAACUUGUUGAAUUUUAGCGUGCCGUAUUUAAGCUAUUUAGCAAUAAUCGCUUUAACAGCAGCUGCUAUAGUGUUUUAUGUGAUACCUGUGAACUACAUAUUUAUGGCAUUAGGCAUGUACAAGUUCACGCGGAAGGCUUUAAAUCCAGAUAGAGUUCCCAAUAACGACAUCCUGGAUUUCAUAUCUCGCGUUCCGGAUAAUGAGAUUUUGAAACAAUGGCGGGAACUGAAAGUUGCAGACUCAACUUUAUGUCGGUCCAAUUCUAUGAAGCGGCGG